AUGACAGGUAGGGGCCUGACACAAGAUGAAGCUGUCGAUCUCCUCUUCAGCCUGCCAGAUGACACGUGUGCUAGUGAAGCAGAAGCGGGCACCUCGAGCGAUGACGACUUUGAUCCUGACUUAGCACCAGUCGAAGCUGAGGAGCUUGAAUAUUUAGAGAUUUCCACGGAGCCUUCUACCAGCACAAAAAAGAAACGUAAGAAAUCCUCGUAUCAGCGAAAGACACCAAAAAACCAGCGUUCCAAGCACCUGGAAAACGACGAUAAUCUCCCCAUGGAAGAGGAGAGCGAGGACCCUGGUCUAGAGUGGAGCCGAAAUCUUCCAACAGACUUCGUAGAAAAUCCAAAGACGGUGGGCCCGGAGUAUUCCAAAGAGCUGACGACCGCCAGACAGGCGUUUCAACUGUACUUCACGGACGACAUUCUGGAGAUAAUCGUCGCAGAAACAAACCGCUAUGCGAGUCAAAAAAUGAGAAGAGAGUGGUAUGAAGUCACGAAAGAAGAGCUCAAAGCUUUCUUGGGGAUGCUCUUCUUGAUGAGCGUCAACCUAGCUCAUCACGUCUACCUCUACUGGAGUAGUGACCCUUUCUUCAAUGUCACUGAGAUAUCUCGCGUAAUGACGUUCAAGCGGUUCCAGGCCAUACUGAACUGUCUGCACAUCAAUGACCGAAACAAAGAAAAAAAUAAGAGAGACGAGGGUCAUGACAAGCUUGCCAAAGUUCGUCCUCUUGUGUCGGCUCUAAACAAGCAAUUCGCUGAGCACUACCGGCCCUCAACACACCAAUCUGUGGCUGAGAGCAUGAUUGCAUUCAAGAGAAGAUCUGCUUUUAAACAGUGCAUGCCCAUCAAGCCAAUCAAGAGAGGGUACAAGGUGUGGUGUCGUGCAGACUCUGAAACUGGAUAUCUUGUUCAGUUUCAAAUCUAUGAAGGGAAGGAUUCAAGACGACCCCCUGACCUAGGACUUGGUGAACAUGUGGUGCUUGUACUGUCCGAGGGAGUUCAAGAGGGUACGCAGCUGUACUUCGAUAACUUCUUUACUGCCACAACCCUCAUGCAGAAGCUCUCGGAGCAAGGCGUGCUCGCAGCUGGGACACAUCGUACCAACCGUAAAGAUCUUCCGAGUAAGGUGAAGACGGACAAAAAGCUGCAAAAGGGAGAUUUCAUCUGGAGCGCAAAGGGCAGAGUGUCUGCUUACCAGUGGAAGGACAACCGCAAUGUCAACAUGAUGUCCAAUUUCCACAACCCACAGGAGACCUGCGAAGUCAACAGAAGGCUGUCCAGUGGUGCGAAGGUUGGAGCUAGCUGUCCGAAAGUGAUCGCGGACUACAACCAAUGA